GGCAGGUGGAAUAAUCCUGCUUGGCCAAAUCAAAUCUAUUCAGGCUUCGGCGCGAACCCUCCGAGAGAAGCAGCUUCACGCACCCACAAGAAGCAAACAUCUUAAAGAAAGCAAGAUGACGGACGCCCCCGAGGGAGAGACCAUGGACCGCAGCACUAGCACCAGCACCAGCAACAACGAUAACAAGAAGCCCAAGAAGAAGCAGAAGAAGAAGCCCAAGAAGCCCCAAAAUCGCAAAGAGGCACGGGCCAUUGAAUUGCAGCAAAAGGUACAAGAAGAACAGCAACAAAAGAACCCAAAUGGUGAAGUCACUCCAAAUAAUAAAAAGCAGCAAGAAG